AUGCAGGAGAUUAUCAAUGCUGGGCAUGGAGGCAGGGAGAUGAACUACAACUAUGGACAGUGUGGAAAAGCAAUAGGGGCGGACCUGUUGAACAACCCAGACCUAGUGGCUACAGAGCCUGUUAUUUCAUUCAAGACAGCACUCUGGUUCUGGAUGACCCCUCAGUCACCCAAGCCCUCAUGCCAUGAUGUGAUCACCAGGAGAUGGAACCCGUCUGGAGCCGACAAGUCAGCAGGUCGGGUUCCCCAUUACGGGGUCACUACAAACAUCAUUAACGGUGGACUUGAAUGUGCUAAGGGCUGGAACGCUAAGGUGGAGGAGCACAUUGGGUUUUAUAAGAGGUACUGUGACUUGCUUGGAGUUGGUUAUGGCAACGACCUUGACUGCAACAACCAGAAGCCUCUUGGGUCUGAUCUCAAUGUUAUUCAAUUGCCUGAAAAUUAA